UGGGGUCUUUUGGAGAAGACUGUUCGUGGUUAUGAUGAAGACAAUAUCAAAUCGCGCACCGAUAAUAUUGACACCCUUCUUCUCUUCGCCGGUCUUUACGCAGCCAUCUUGGCAGCUUUCAGUGUGCUUUCCCUUACCUUCCUCAAACCAGACACUGGCCAACAGACAGUCGCGCUGCUGCAACAGCUCGUAAACAAGCCGUCUGAUUCGACUAGCACACUCGGACGACGAGACGACACCACUUCAGACGACAACUUCAAGCCCGAAGCCUGGGCUGUCCGCGUUAACGUCUUGUGGUUCGCGAGUCUCGUCAUCAGCCUUUCUGCAGCAUCUCUCGGUAUCCUAGUCAGGCAAUGG